UACAAAAAAUUGCAAACAUUAUCAACUUGUGAAAUAUACAUAUUUCUUAUUACUAGGUAUAUUGCGCCAAACGAUAAGAUUGUGAAAAACCGAGAAAUAAACAUUUUUAUUCAGUUGACAUCAAAGUGAUUCGAAAAUACUUCGUUUUUUAAUUUAUUGUGCAUUUAAUUGCAACGAUUUCUUAAGAAUACUGCAUUGCUACUAUCUCAAAUGUUUGCAAACAUUCACAAAAUGAUGACCUAUCAUUCUCUGUGCAAUUACUUCGUUACUUUCUUCAUUGUAACAAUGUGGAUUGGUACUGUCGUGAUUAGUAUGAAUGUAACGGAAGAGGAGUUUAGAAAGUACGGAAUUGAAUUUAUGGAUUACGAUGAAUCAGUAAAUGAUGCUAUUGAUACUCUUCAAUCAGCUAAGAAUGGAACUUUAACUUCUUUUCAGGAGGAAUUAUUACAGAAAUGGAAUAUUGAUGUAAAUAUUGAAGAUUUAAAUGUCAUUACGGAAAAAUUUAUUAAUACACCAACAGGAAUGGCAAGAAAAUUAAUGAUGUUGAUAUUAGGUAAAGAUAUAUUAUGUAAAAUGACAAUAAAAGGAUCACGCAAUUUCCGAGAAAAUCAUAGUUUCAUACCUGAAAAUGUUAGCAAUUUUGUCUUUGAAUAUGUGAACUUACAUGCCAGAUCAAACAUUACUUAUUCAAAAUAUGUAAAAGUAAUACGAGAUUUAUGCAAUUAUUCACGUUACGAAAAAAGAGGGAAUCAUGGCAGUUUAAAUUCAUUGCAGGCUGAAUUAUUAGAGAAAUGGAAUAUUGAUGUUAAUAUCGAAAAGUUAAAUGUCAUAUCGAAUAAUUAUAUUGAUAGACCAACAUUAAUGACAAGAAAAUUAAUGAUAUUGAUAUUAGGUAAAAAUAAAUUAUGUAACAUGACAAUAAGAGGAUCACGCGCUUUCUCAAAAUUUAAAUUUAUACCUGCCACUGUUAACAAUUUGGUCUUAGAUUUCGUGAACUCAAGUACCAGAUCAGGCAUUACUAAUUCAACAUAUGUAAAAACAGUAAAAAAAUUAUGCUAUGAUAUACGUAAGGGAAAAAAAUCUGUGCAAGUUAGAAGAGUUUCAGGGGACGAAAGCGAGGACGAGGAGGAUCCUGAUAUUUCUGACGGUCAAUAGAAAAAAUCGCUCUAAUGUAUGUUACAAUUUCUACGAGAAGGGAGAGGGGUUAUAAUUUUCAAAAAAAUAUCUUAAAUAGUUUGUGAUUGACCGUAUACGAACAUACAAUACUUUCAGUUUCAAAAUUUCGACUUUUUUUACAUAUUCAUGUAUUUCUCAAAGAGUAAUAAACAUAUAUUGUAAAAUCUCGCAA